UUCGAUGCUCAGGGUGGCCGUGUUCCCGGAGAGCUGCGUGCGCGGCGCCGGCCUCAACGCGCUGCACGCGUGCCUGCUGGCGCUGGCGCCGCGCCGCGACCUGCAGCGCCCCGAGGACGGGACUCGACGGGGCCCGUCGUGGGGGGACUGCUCGCGCGAGGGCGACUCUACGAGGGCGACGAACUUAUCAUAGCGUGCGCGCGGGACAGUCGGCGUCGCUGGGCCUGGGUCGCUUCCCGCCGGGACUGCGGCAGGCCAUGGUGCUGCUAGCGCGGCCGGGAGGCUACGCCGCGGGACACGAGCGGCCCACCUUCGGAGGCUGUCCGCCCGGGACUUGCAGAGGACGACAGGCAUCCGUGCAUGUCCUGAGACACUCCACGGCCAUCUACCCAGGGUUCCAGUGCUCUGUGCAUGUCGGGAACGUGCGUCAGAUGGCCAUUAUCGAGGGUAUAAUGUCUCCGAACAACGUGCUGAGGGCGGACGAGGGGGCCUCCGUGCUGUUCAGGUUCGCCCGCUGUCCGGAGUACCUCGUGCGGGGCCGCCGGCUGCUGUUCACGGCGGGGCUGGGGACCAGAGCCAUCGGCCGGGUCACGCAAACCUUCCCAACAUCCGACGCCGACGAUUCCGGCGACGAGUGCUACGGGAGUCUACCCCCCGAAACCUCGUUUCGGGAACGUCGAGUACAAACUGCAGCUGGUCUCGCCGUGCGAGCGACGCUUCCAGCACCUGGUGACGCAACUGAAGUGGUGGCUGCGCUCGGGCGGCGGCGCGGCGGUGUACGUGGUGGGCGUGCGCGACUGCGGCGCGCUGCGCGGGCUGCGGGCGGGCGCGCUGCGGGCGUCGCUGCGCGCGCUGCGGGACAUGGCGCGCGCGCUCGGCGCCGCCCUCGUGGGCGCGCGGGCCCGCCGCGUGGCGCCCGCGCGCGCCGUCGCCGAGGUGUACAUCCGCAAGCUGGCGGACACGCAGCAGAGCGUCGAGCUGCGGGUCGCGGUGAUGGGGGCGAACGAGGCGGGCAAGUCGACGCUCAUAGGCGUUCUCACUCAAGAUGGCGCUAGCGUUCCAGAGAUGAUACGAUUGCGACAAAUAUAUUCCGCAGCCGCUUGAGUCGACUUGUCAUACGAGUCAGCCAGCAGCGCAGCACGUAACGACCAUCGGG